CUGCUGCUUUAAUCCUCUCUCCUCUGAACAGGAGGACACAAAAAAAGGCUUGCAUUAUAAAAAGUUGCCAUAGAUUAUUUAAAAACAUAUAUGAUUAUUGAAAGGUCUCUUUCUAUCUCCAUGGAAACGAUUUCCCCUCCAGAAGCUGGGCGGCGCUGUGCAAACGACACUUCCUGGCGGCGACGCGGCUUCAGGCCCCCGGAUGGCGGAGCAGGGCUCCUGUCGGCGAGAGGGAAGGCCCCCGUCCGCUUUUCCUCCUCCCGGAAGCGCCUGCGAGAAGGUGCCGGUGAUUACCAGGCCGCGGUGACCAGGCCUCAGAUUCGGGCAGGCGCCGCUUUGCUCCCGCUCCCUCUUCGCGUCAUGGCGGAGCGCGGCGCCGGCUCUUCGGAGCACUUGGAGCGGCUGCACGAGAUCUUCCGCGGCUUGCACGGGGAGCUGCGAGGAGCCCCCGAGAGGCUGCGCGGGAGCUCGGCCGUUGGUACGUAGCAGCGGGGCCCGAGCGAGCCGGGGGGGGGGGGACGGGACAAGCCGUGCGCGGACCCUUCCGCCACCGCCGCCACCCCGUCCCGCUCCCGACAAGCCCGGGUCCUGCAGCGCUGCCGUCCGGCUAGGCGUCGGUUGCUGCAAGAGGGGAUGCCGUGGAGUUUACUUUUGCUGAACCCGCCUCUGAGCAGCAUCCUGACCGAGACGCAGAAACGCGGCCGCUUCUCUUCGCAAGGAGCCCGAAGUGACCCGGGAGAAACUUCCUCGCUGAUUUCUGCGUGUCAGGCGGCUGUCAAAGGAGGAGGACCCGUAAUAAUCAGAAUCAUAAUAGGUGACCCCGCCCUCGCUUCUAAGCGUGGUUGGAAUGCGGAAGGAAGGCGAAGUUGAGCGUGGAAUUUAAUGCAGUUAAAAAAAGAAACCUGGUGCUCAGAAAAGAACCAGAGAGAUCACAACCCCAGAAGGUUGCCUCCUACCGGCCCGAUCCUAGAUAUUUCACAGUGGAGUUCAAAUGGCUAUUUUAAACAGGAUUCUUAUAAACGUCACAUUUUGCUCUAGCAUAAUAAUAAUAAUAAUAAUAAUUUUAAAAUUAUUUAUACCCCGCCCAUCUGGCUGGGUUUCCCCAGACACUCUGGGCGGCUCCCAACAGAACACUAAAAACAGAAUAAAACUUUGAACGUUAAAAAUUUCCCUAAACAAGGCUGCCUUCAGAUGUCUUCUAAAAGUCAGGUAGCUGUUUAUUUCCAGUGAUCUGAUGUUUGACAGUAGUUUUAUACAGGGUUUUGGAGUGUCUAACUAUAUGCAUUUUAUUCCCGUAAUGAAAUCCAAUAUAGUUAAUAUAAGAUAUUCUGGAAACAUUCAUGAGUAACAGCAGACAUGUCUCUUUGUUGUUUGCAGAUCUGGAUGUGUAAUCCGUGCCCUUUUUAAAAGGAGACAGAAAUAUUGUGUGGACGAGGCCUACGCAUUACAAAUGUGCCCUCUAUAUCCUGUUGUAUUACAGCUCUCACCAGCUUCAGCCAGCAUUGCCAGCUCUUGGGGAUGUUGGUGGUUGUAAUCCAUCAUCUGGCGGACACCUUGUUGGCUGCCCCUGAAUCUCCCAUGUUACCUUGUUUGAAAGAGUGAGAUCUAGUCACCAACCAAACUAAUAGGCUCCCUGGCUUGGUUGAGGACUAGGAGGAUAACAUAUCUUUUGAUAGUUAUUUCUAAAGUGAUUUUACAUGAUCAGUUAAUACAGUUUGACCAUGAAAAUAAUUUUCACUGAAACAAUAAGAUAGUCAAAGGCUGUCACAAAAAAAUGUAUACACUCUUAUGUUUAUUUGCACUGAGAAUUCCUUUUGGCAUUGCUGAUUGUUGUGCUAAUCCCCCCCCCCCAUCUUUUCUGUUAUGUCUUCUAGAAGAGAAGAAGAAGUUGAUUCGAGAAUUUGAUGAAAAACAAAAAGAAGCAAAUGAAACGGUAAGGAUAUGAAUUGUAAUUGGAGGGAGAGGGCUUUUAGAACAGCUAUGGCCAUUCCUGGACUGGGAAGGCCUUGUCACAGUAGUUAGAGCAGAAUGCUGCAGCGUGAUUGCUGACAGGAGUGAGGCCUUGCCAGCAUAUAACACCUGUGCUCAGAGAUCUACACUGGUUCCCAGUUUGCUACUGGGCCAAGUUCAAGGUGUUACUAUUGGUAUAUAAAGCCCUUAACAACUUGGGACCAAUUUACCUACAAGAUCUCCUUACCCACCUAUGCCCACUCAAUCACCUCUUCAAUCUGUAGAACUGGCACUACUACAGGUGCCACAUAAUACUUAUUCUGCGUUUGUAAGAACCCUCUUGUUUAGUGUGGCAGCGCCUACAAUUGGAACACCCUGCCUGUUGAGAUCAAGCAGGUGCAUUCACUGCUGAAAAUAUUCUUGUUUAGACAAGCCUACCCAGAUGCUCAAAAAGUUGAGGUAAUUUUAAUGUUUUAGUAUUUUAACUUUUGUAUGUUUUAAUAUAGGGUUGUACAUUUUACUGUUUUAUCUUUUGUAAUCAGCUUUGAGAUUUUUUACAAUCAAGUGCUAUAUAAAUGUUAUGAAAUUAAUAAAAAAUAUAGAGGUACGGUUGCAUGCUUAAAAAUCGUUGACUGACUCAUCUAAGCAUAAUAGUGAGUGCUGUAACAAAGAACUAUUUGAUAAUACUUUUAAAAUUGUACCAAACAAAAAAUUUCAGUAUCUUUUCAGAUUCUGCUAUAUUUUUAGAACUUUCUGUGUGCCGUCCAUUUUCUGAUUAUUGCUUUUAUGUUUUUUCAAUAAUAUUUUUCAAUUGAUAAGAGAAACUUUUCUUCUAUUUACUUUUAGUUCUGUUUUUGUCUUUGGAGUUUUCAUAUUAUUAGGAGGGCAAAAAUAAAGAAGCUUGCUGAAUAUUCGGUACACCAUGAUUUAAACGCAGGGAAUUAUAUAUCCUAUUAAGAAAUUUGGGUGGGGGUAAUGUUUUUACAAAAUAUAACACAGAGUCCUGGCUUAUUAGCUAUCCUCAGACUUUGCUGAUUUACUUCAAGGACAUUUUUAACAAAGAUUUUGGUAUCUGCUUUUUAAAACUUGCUAAAGCUACGGGAAAUGGAAGAAGAACUGAAAUAUGCUCCAAUGUCCUUCCACAAUCAAAUGAUGGCCAAAAUUCGGACUUACAGAAGAGAACUUGCCAUGUUUCAGAGGAAGAUGAAAAGUACAGAUUUGGGAGUGGUUCCAGGAGGACAUGGAGACCCAAAAUUUGGGAUCUACGCCACAGAAAAUGAGCAGAGUGUGAGUACUAGGUAUAAAUUAACUAUAUUGAUUUUGUUUAUUUGUAUUGGUGACAAAGCUCUUAUGGUUCUUGCUAAGUUUAAUUCUUUCCAAUAUGUACAGAGGAGUUGUGAUUGUAUUUAUUGCAACAAUGCAAGUAUAUGGAAAAAUACAUAAGUUCUUCAGAAAGCGUAAUUUCAGUAGUGCAAAAUUAGUAGGGCUGACAAUUUAUUUUCUUCUUUUGAUUUAAAUGCAUUUUUUAUAUUGACAAACAUCAAUAAGUUUUUUAAGAGCGCUGAUAGGAAGGCACAGUUUUUCUUAAGUGGAAGAAAAUAAACCACCGCUUCUUGUUAGAAGGAAAUUGUAUAUUUAAAAUGUUCUUUUUCUUUCUCAACAAAUUCUGGAUUAGAGAGAAUAUAGAAUAUUCUAUAUUCCAAAAGCAUCUCUGAACUAUGGCUUCCAAAAUCUCUGUAUGCAUAUCAGUAUUGUGGAAGGCGCAUAUUUGAGGCAUAUUGAUUUCACUCAAGUACAGUCAAUAAGUUUUCUGUGGUUAUUAUUGUAAAGAAAAAGCAUUAAGCUGUUAAGACCAAACAGUCUGGUUGUUUUCAGCUGCACUGAUUUGAUAGAGUUACAGUUUUGACCUCUUAGGUGUUGUUGUUUUUUUUGCACAUAAAUAUGGGACAGACCACAAAUACUAUUGAAAACAUUUGCAGCUUACUCAUCAAUAUUGUUACCACAACUGGAUGCAACAUGAAAGAAUAUUCAAUUAAUGCAUAAACAACAAUUAAAUACUAAAUUAAAUUCAGCAAAGUAAGUACAAUUAAUCACAGAAAGAGGCAGCUAAAAAGAGCAAGGCAGGUUUCCACAAGCACCCACUUAAAGACACUUUAAAAAUGCAUAAGCAAACAAAUAAAUUCAGCACUUAGCAUAUUUGUAAGGAAGGGGAUACUUAAAAUGGUGCAUGUGUGGUUUAUACUUAUACAUAUGGCUCCUGAUCUAACACAUGGAUUUAAUUUCAGUUUUAAAAAAAGAUAAGAUUUGCCAUAUUGCAUGCGCCUCUGGUAUAGCAAAGAAUGCAAUUUGUGUUAUGCUUCAUUGUUCAAUUCUAGUGGAGCACAUCCAUCUUUGGUAUCUGCAAUAAAACAUUCACAGAUUAAAUAAAAAAGGGGUAUGCGGAUUAAAUAUAUUUAAGAUAUCACAUAUCAACUUGGCCAUAAAUACCCCUUGCUUAUGUAGGAGGCUUGCGAUUGUGUCCUGAUUGGAGUUAUGCCAUAUGUUAUUUUAGACUUCCGUGUUGCCCAGGUCAGAUUUAGCAGUUAAAGCUGAAAGAGGAUUGAUUCUCUUUCUUUAAUGUCUGUCAGGAAAGGAGCAAACUUCAUUUGACAACCUCUUUUGCAAUGCCAGAGGCAACACUGAGGAUCUGGGGUUCUUAAAGCUUACCUGGGGGAAAGUUCUCAAAGAUCUCUGUUCUCCAUAUUGUUAUGGUAUAUCUUUUAUUGGUUAGGACUUGUUUAUGUGUGUAUGGUUCAUCCCAUCUGCUGCUUCUUUAAUGGUAUUCUUGAAUAAUAUUACAUGUUGACCAUUGAGAGAGCUGGAAGGAAGGAACAGAGACAGGAAUUCCUUUGCUCUCAUUUCUCUUUCUUAAAGAGCCCCCCACAGUGCCCACACCCCUUCCACUAACAGCUCUCCCUUCACUCCCACAGCUCCUGGUUGAAUCCUGUCUCUCAGCAAUUGUCUGCUCAGGGCAGAUUACAGCUAUAUAAAAUGCACUAUUAAAAUCAGUUAAAACAAUUCAUUUUUUGAUAGCAGAGAGCAGUGUGAAUACACCACUGCAAAUGAGAGGUGGUUUGCCAAGAGAUCAUACGGUUAUCUCCUCUGCUCCCCAUAUUUUCCUGCAGGAGUAGGGAGUUUCUCCAUGGCAGAGGUCUCCUCUUACAUGUUCCAAUCCAUGCCUCCUGCCAACUUGGGGAGGGGGGGGGCUGCUUUUACUGUUAUGUAUAUAGAUUUCCACAGUCACUCUUGGUUGUUAAAUGCACGAUUAUAAAGCAUGAAGGGUAGAUUAUUGUAUUUAUUUACUAUAUUAUAUCCCAUUUCCCCCACCCCAAGAAGUUCAAAGUAGCACACAUGGCUCUUUGCCCCUGUAUUUUAUCCUCACAACAAUCCUGUGAGGUAGUUCAGGCUGAGAGACAGUGAUUGGCCCAAGAUUAUCCAGUGUGUUUCAUGGCCAAGUGAGUAUUUGAACCCUGGUCUUCCAGCUCUCUAACCAGGGCCUGAGUUGUUUAGGUGAAGGGACAGGGAGAGACGCUCAGGUAUGGAAGGAAUAUGUUCUCCUUACUUCUACAUUAGGUGAUGAAACUGCCACAAUAGUAGGGCUUGGUUUGGUAUAAUUGUGAUAAAAGUAACAAUAUAUAUUAAUUAUUUGUUCAUAAGUUGUCUGCAUUUUCAUCAAAGAAAAAUGAUCAAGACAGGAAAUACUUUUUUCUGCAUGAGCCACUGUUUUUUUAUCUGGGAAAUAUGUCUCUGUCCAUUUAUUUACCGUAUUUCCCCCUCAGGCAUAAUGCACACGUCUUUGACAAUGGUAAAAGCUUAUACAAGCAUGGAAAUGGUCAAAUGUUCUUAUAAAGCAGAGAUUUCCAGUCACCCAUUUAGGCUGUGUCGUCUCACACAGACCUUAUCAGAAGGUAAAAUAUCUUCUCUGCCUUUUAAAAAUGUGUCUGAAUUGUCUCUUUUAAGACCCAGCUCCAGUCUCAGAGGGUGCUGCUGCUUCAAGGAACAGAAAGCUUGAACCGAGCCACUCAGAGCAUAGAGCGUUCACACCAGAUUGCUGCAGAGACCGAUCAAGUUGGUACAGAGAUCAUUGAAGUACUUGGGGAGCAGCGGGAGCAGUUGGACCGCACCAAAGGCAGAGUGAGUGGAGAGCUUUUUUUGUUGUUUCACAUGUUCAGAAUAAACACAUGCCAAUUCAAAAGCAAGAAGCUAGGGAAUUCUUUUUUAAAACACAUACAGUCAUACCUUGGUUCUCGAACAGAAUGCGUUCCAGGAGUCCAUUCGACUCCCAAAACUGUUCAAAAACCAAGGCACGGCUUCUUAUUGGCUGCAGGAGCGUCCUGCAGCCAAUCGGAAGCCACGCAGGACAUUCAGCUUCCGAAAAUCGUUUGAAAACCGGAACACUUACUUCCGGGUUUCAAUCAUUCAGGAACCGAUUUGUUUGGGAGCCAAGGUGUUUGAGAUCCAAGGUAUGGCUGUAUUGGUAAAAACUCUGUAAUGAGCACAUAAUUUCACAUCCAUCCCAAAAUAAGAUAAACUUCAGGGUUCCUUUUUAGAUCUGCACUUUUACAAGUCUGCCCAUGCAUCUGAUUUCCCUCAAGCCUCCUUGCUCCCCUCAUGCAAGGUUUCUCUUCCCUAUUUUGGGUGAUUUCCCAGCUCAGCAGUCCACUUUCAGCAGCACAACUCCCAUGUUUCAGGAUAGCCUCUGAUCCUUCAGAGAGACUUUGCAGGAGAUGUGGGCUGGGAGGGAGAGAGAUUGGUUCUGCAAACAACCUUCUGUUGUAUCAGAUGUAGGCCAGAUGCAGGAAUGUAUCUAAAACAAGUACAAACUCCAUAAUUUUGUUUCUGUGCUGGCUGAAUAACAGAGCUGCAUGUACAUACUGAAAUUCUGCAGGAACCCAAGAAAUGCACAAAAUAUUUGUUGCACUGAAUCUCUGCUUACAUUUUUCUAAAAGCAAGUUUUAGCCCUUAUGGUUGUGAAUAAAUGCUUGAAAUUGCGCGGCUGAGGCCUGCUGAAAUCUGAGAAGCCUGCAGAUUUGCUGAAUAAGUUCAAGUGGCUGCUGGUGGGGCUUUGGUGUCUUCAGAGCUCAUUGGCCCUCCUCGUGAGAGGAAAACCAUGGCAAAUUAUACAAAAUAAGAAUUACACAAAUUUGCCCAGUUAACAUAACUGUUAUGGGUUGAAGAACUCACAGUAUGUAAGAUGUCUUUUGCAUUAUACCUAUUUGCAUGUGCUUAAGCCCCAUUGGGGAUGUUCCAUUUGAAUUGCUUGGGCACAGAAUCUCACCAUUCUUAGUACAGAGUACACAUAGCCAUGGUUAAAAAUGACUACUUGAGACAUACUAGCCUGUGUGAACAUGGUAGCAGUACAGAUAUUUAAAACAAGAGUUAAAUCAUGCCCUUGCAUCGUAAGUCUAUUCUUAUGAUGCCACACUUAUUGACUGCACCUUAAGAAUAAGCAUUUAAGCAAAUGUGCUCAAUUUGCAUGUGCUUGAGCCUCAUUCUGUGUACUUAAUUUGUGAUGCUGACCUUCAGGUGCAGGUAUUCGUGAGCACAAACUCAAGUUGCAACUUAAUAGUAAUAAAUGUUGUUGUUUUUUCCUUUUUAGCUGGUGAACACGAGUGAAAAUUUAAGCAAAAGUCGAAAGAUAUUGCGCGCUAUGUCAAGAAAGUAAGAUGCCACUUAAAUAAUCAGUUAUUUUCAGACUUGAGAUUGAUUUUUUUUUUUUAAUGUACUAAGUGCCAGCAGUCUAGUUCCAGUGUGGUUCAAAUGCAGCCCAUCACGUUUAUACAGAUUUGGCCAGUCCCAAAAUGUUCCCUGGUGCCCAAACACUGCCUUCUCAUCCUUGCAUGGAUCCUGAGUGUUGAUGAAAUAGCAUUUUCUAAAAACUGUGUGGAGCAGGCACCAUUUCCCCAAAAAGAAUGCUGCCUUGAAGUGAAAACAAGCAAUUACCUGCUUUGCCAGGGUGUUCCCUGUAGGAAACAUGCUUGCGAAGCAGACGCUUGCAGCCAUCUAAUCUAAACACCCACUCAUCAGCUGGUGAGUAGAGUCUAGUCCUUCUGGAUGCUGCCUUGCCCACUCUUGACAGGUCAACUUUGACAGGUGGGCAGGAUCAGUCACCUGAAGUCAUCAUGUCAUAUGAUUGACAGGUGGACAGGGGCACCAACCUAUCAAAAGUGGUCUGUUGGGGGUGGAGGAAAGUAAAGAUCUCGUCCACUGAACCCAAAAAGAUUCCUCCAUCUCUGCGCUAGAGAGAGAUUUCUGAGCAGUCAAAAAUGAAAGCACUCAGGCAGCUCUUACUGUGGUUCCUUUAAAUGUGCUUUUCUCUAGACUUCUUCAGUUUACAGCCUUAAUCUCCCCAACCACCCAGUACAUCCUAGCCCUUAUAUAUCCCAGUUGCUAAAUUGAGUCUCAAUGUGAAUGCAAAAGAAAGCAAGGGAAUGAAUGCACUCAGAAAACAUUUUUUUAUUAUUAUUGAGCUAACUGUACAAAGGGAAACAUAUCCAAGACAGUAUUCCAGAAGAUAGUGACUCUCAGUUGUGUUCUCUUGCUGAACUACAAGAUACAUCUAUUUACAGCCACAAUUAGGUGUGAAGCAUGCCUAUUCCUCUCUAUGGUGCAUAUUCCAGAUAUUUUCAGAAGUUUCUGGCCCAUUAUUUGGCUAACUACAUAACUGCAUAUAAGUACUUCAUGCUUAUAGGAAAGGGAGAGGGGUUAUGGGAAAAUGCUCCUGAAAAUCAAAGGAUGUUUUAUGCUCAUUUCAGGACAAACUUUUUUGGCAGAAUGCUGAAUGAGGAGAGAACAUAUUGCACAAUUGCACAGAAGCAACCUGAAAGUUUCUGAGUGGGCACUGGAUAGACUGCUGCCUUGGGGUUGCCAUCAGGUGAUAACAAAGCAGCAUGUGGUGCUACUUUCCCAGCAGUACAGCAGGGAAGAGCUGUUUGGGGUAGUAUCUCACAACUUUCAGAUGAUGCAAGCAAGCAAAAAUGCAGUAUAGACUCAACUACAGUUGCAGUGAAUCAUGGUUUGCUGUGAUAUCUGAAUUGAGCUUUUAUCGUGCUACAAAUUUGUUUCUGUAUCUUUUUUUGUGACAAUCAAUAUUUUCUUGAAAUUGUCACCUAGCUGGUUUGUCACCAGCUUUUCAAGGUGUUAACUUAUUUUAAUUGCUGCUUUCCUGAAUGUUUACGUAUUAAGUCAGAUACUAAUACAUUUAUGUGAUUUUAAGUUAGCUUUUUAUAAGGAAUCCCAGGAACAAUGCUGGUUUUGGUGAACUCAAAUAUAAGUUCUUGCUACUCUUCCCUUUUAUUAUUUCCUCAACAUGGGAUACAAUCCUAUAUGCACUCACCUGGGACGAAGUCCCAGACUUUCUUAUGCGUAAAUACACAAUAGCUUUCACUGUCUAAAUAUGAAACGAUGCUUCUGUCUCAUCUAAGUGAGAAUGAUUUCCAUGGGCAACAUUAAAUGCAAAUAAGAUUUUUUGUAAACCCAAAUAAAUCUCAUGUCUUAUCUUUCCUUCUAGGGUUAUGACAAACAAACUGUUGCUCUCCUUUAUCAUCAUUUUGGAGUUAGUCAUUCUGGGAGGUGUUGUAUACUACAAAUUCUUCAGCUGAAUCUUCUUGACGCACACACAGCUGUUUUCAGGCCUUCCAUCUAUCUUAAGGACUGUAUUACAAUCAUUGCCAAGGAACAGCUCUUCAGCAAUGAAAGGAGUGGAUUAUAUUUACUACAGUUGAAGGACAAUACUGGUGUGUUGUCAAGUCUUAACAGCAUGUUCGUUUGAGAAUGCUGCAGGGCUACUGAGAGGAAAUGUAUCUGUAAAGAAAGACAGGGCAGUGAAGGGAUGGUAAGUUUUUGUAUAAUUGCAAAGUAAUAAACAUUCACCUAAGCCGAUGUGUUGUCUAGCUUGUAAUACAGCGGUUUGGUCACGCAGUGGGAAAAGUAACUAGUCUCUCCAAAACUGGUGAACACUUCAGAAUGUGGUAUAGUUGGGUUUUAGCCAGUCCAUUUGAGUAGAUCAGCAGAUCUGUACAUAAUGCCCCUUUGAAGCAUCUGUUGAUCCUUGAGGGUCCUACAUCCGUACUUGCUCUUCACUGUCAGAUUCAUCUGGUGAACUGGGUGUUGGGAGAUCAUCAAACAUGAUGUGCGCUCCUUCUCUUGUCUGCCCAAAGCAUGUAGCAAUCACAUCUACUGCAAGGUUAACUGUUGCAUUCACUUCCUCCUGUGAAUCUCCAAGCAGUGGAUUUACUUCUACAAGGUCCAUGGCUGAAAGCAGGCCUGGGAAAUUAAAGACACUGAGUUACAUGGAAGACACAGAACUUAAAGCAUCACUUCAGCCAAAAGGCAGGUGUGGUCUGCGCUAUAUGCAACGGCAUAUGGGUUUUGUAUGAAUGAAUCCAAGUUUCCGGCCAUGCAUUGACUGAAAUAAAUUAUUGCCGUUUAAAAGUACUGCAGUAUUUAGCAUAAUCUUGAAUUUCCUUUUCAAACUGCAGCCCCAAAGCAAUGAUAACUGCUAGCCAGUUUGGCCCUGUUUCUAGGUUAUGUUCUUGCCAGUAGCAUGCAACAUUGUUAUAGAGAUACUGCAAAUAAGUAGUUAAAUGUUUUAAAUGAUGCUGCUACAUGGAUCCUUAGUGUUUUAAGAGUGCCUAACAGCUAUAAUUAAACUGGAUGAGUCAAGUGAGAGAUAUUAGGUUCCCACCUCCCCUUGCUAUGGAAGCUGCCAAGGUCCUGAUAAUGGAAGGCUGCAAGGGAGCCUCAAUGAAGGCAACUUGAUGAUAGAGCAGCUAAAACUAUUGUUCCUGUAAGCAAGCCUCGUUUCAUAUGGGGAGUUUGUUAGGCGUAGCUUUUAGCUGUAAUAAUUUUAACAUUUGAGUAAAGUUGGUUUUUGUCUUGUACUAACAAGGAAGUGCAAUUUUGAUGUCUGAAAGCGCCUGAGAACUCUCUUUAUCCUUACUACUGUCCAUUCCAAUUUAUCCUUGUUAAUUUCCUUAGCAUGGGGUGAAUUAAGGAAGAGAACCAGAGCUUCUUUCUCAUUUACACUCCAACAUUUUAAAUAAACACUGAAUACUUCUGUAACACAGCUGCCAUGCAAGUGCUUACUUGUAUCAUGUUAUCCAAAGCUGAAAGUAAAAUGUGCUUGUCUGGUUCUUACCUGUGUUAUGUAUUUCCUCUGAAAUGUACAUGCCUUCACGAUAUGUUAAUCCACCCAAGACAGGAGUCCCUGUUGCUGGAGCCAGAGUUGGGUCAAAGGCAUCAAUGUCAAAGCUCAGGUGGAUUGGUCUUUGUCCUCUGUGAAGGAGAAUCACUUUAUAAUACAAGGUAUAACCCAUGUGAAAUAAAUCACAUCAUGGUAACUGGGGACUGAUCAGUAGGAUAUGACAAGCUGAUCGUUUGCUGACAUGUGAAUAGGUUAAGUAUUUUUUGCCUAACGCCACUUCCCAAAAUGUCCAUCCUCAAAGAAGUUUUACCUGCCCAGAAGGUGGUCAAAUGUUCUUUCCAUCACUUUGUGGAUUCCCAAACGAUCAAUAUCUCUCGUUGAAAAAUACUGGAUGCCAUAGUUCUUCAAAAUAUAGCUGUUUAAAAAGAAAAAAAUAUAUAAAUGUUUAAAGCUAUAAUGUUCUGCAACAUACCUCUUGCUGAUGGCAGUAGGCCGAGUACGUAUUUUUUAAAAAAAAUAAGAAAGAUAUCUCCCAGUUCAGAUAUCCUGUACUUACUGUUCAGCAGGGUCAACAUCUCUGAGGCCAAUAUAUACAAUAUCUGAUCGUGAAAGGCAGGGCUUUAGCCAGGAAAAUCCAGGAAGGAGCGGCACCUAUAGAGGAAUAGAAGAAUUACCAUAGUCCUGGAUAUUUAACACUAGGCUUGUUUACAUGAUGGUGUAGUGGUGAUGUAUAAUGAACACCAUACUCAACUGUGUCAAUACAUACACAUUUGGACCUUGAAGCUGUUUUGGCCAAUACGGGCCCAGCUGUCCUACACCUGACCUCAUAGCACAGUGCUUUGCUUGCACAAUUCAAUUUCAAACAGCACAGGCAAAAACGGGUCACCUGACUGUGAUUGUGGCACUUUGUGUUUGAUAAGUGGGUGGCAUUAACCACCUGUUUUUAGCCACAAGUUGGCAUACAUGGUUCUCUCUUCAUUCUGAUCUCACAACUCCAUGAGUUGGGCAAGUCACCUUCUCUCCUUCUAACCUAAGGUCACCCAGUGAGUUUCAUGGCUGAGCUGAGCAUUGAACCCUGACUGCCUGUAUCUUAGUCCAGAAGAACAAAAAGUAUCUAGCAGUUGAAAGGGAGUUAUUGCGACUGCAAUAUGCUGUUUUCUAAACGGGGGCUGCAAGUGAGGAAAUAGUAGCACAUCUUUCAUGCUAAAAUCAUGUCCAGCAUAGGGCAGGUUCUGGUGUUCCCAGCUACGUUCUAUGCAGACAUCAAUAAUAAUUGAACUACCUGUCUCCUUCUGGGGCUUAUUUCUAUAAUGUUCUGGAUUUAAAAUUAAAUUGCUCAAGAUUGUAGGGUAAGUUAAAAUUGGACUUUAAUGCCUGCCUUACAAACAUGGUACAAAACAGAUUGCAUAAAAUCUAUUUUAUAGCUGUCCAGCAUAAUCCCCACUUACUUUAUCUUGAAGUUCUCUUAAAAGGAAUGAGACUGGCUGUCCAUGGAGAUUUCCUGAUGGGGUUGUGAGUGGAGUGUUAAUGUCAGCAUGUGCAUCAACCCAGAUCACACAUAGGUGUGGGUACUGCCUUGAGUGACCACUGAUUGACCCAAGCGCUAAACUGCAAAAAUAAAAAUAAAAAAUCAGAUUCAGAUUUUUAUCAGUCCAGUUUACUUCAAAAGUUUCUUGUAUUAAUUUAAGUUUGGGUUAAUACACUGAGAAAAUUGUGAGUUUUACAAAGGAAUUUGACAGAUGUACAGUAUGUGUGAUAAUUAUAUAACCUGGUUCCUGAUAUGCUAAAAAAUGCGAAAUCCACAAUAAAUUCUACCUAAGGGUUUUUGGCGUUCUUUUUGCAGCUGUUGGAGGUUGCCUUUCUGGCAAAGCUAAAGCAGUUUACCUGUGCCUCAUAUCUGGUUCUUACAGGCACUGAUAGAUACCUUGCUGUGCCUCCUCUGAGAACAAUAAAUAAAACAAGUUCAUUUACUAAAUG